AUGAAUAACAUUGAUCAGCCUGUAAACAAUAAAGAUGAAGUUGUGAAAGUUAAGAAAACGUCUCCUGUGAUAUUUCCUGUGCAAAACGAGUUGUCAAAAUUUGAAACUGAACCCGUUCACAAUGAUGUUCCCCCCCCAACAGAAAAUACUAUCACAAAGUCUUACAGGUUCAGUGCCCAUAUUGCAAGUUUACUGUUAUUGGAAUUCACAGUUCAUACCCACACCGAAAGCAGCAUCGGCUAUUAUGGGGCGGGCGCGGCGGGAGAAGCGGCUGAGAACCUGGCCAAGAUCCGCGAGGACCACGAGCGAGCUCUGCGGGAGGCGAAGGAAACCCUCCAGAAGCUGCCCGAGGAGAUCCGCAGGGACAUCCACCAGGACAAGGCGAAGUUUCUCCUCCAGGACAAGCUGGGCAGGAGGGACGCGGCGGGCGCUCGCUUGCCCGACCUGCCCUUCCGCAAACCCGUCGGAGCCGUGGGAGUGGAGCCGUCGGACCCCGUUAUUCGGGAGAAAAGGGAGAAGAUCAAAGAGAUGAUGAAACAUGCCUGGGAUAAUUAUAAGCAUUAUGCUUGGGGAUUAAAUGAAUUGAAACCCAUAUCGAAACAAGGACACUCAAGCAAUUUGUUUGGUAAUAUUCAAGGAGCUACAAUUGUUGAUGCUUUGGAUACUCUGUAUAUUAUGGAAAUGAAAGAAGAAUUCAAAGAAGCAACAGAAUGGGUGGAGAAAAAUCUAGAUUUCAAUGUGAAUGCAGAAGUUUCCGUUUUUGAAGUGAACAUCCGUUUUGUUGGUGGGCUACUUUCAGCAUACUACCUUUCUGGUAAAGAGGUAUUUCGAAAGAAAGCAGUGGAGCUAGGAGAGAAGUUGCUUCCAGCUUUUAACACUCCCACCGGAAUUCCUUGGGCAUUAUUAAAUAUCAAAAGUGGCAUUGGUCGAAACUGGCCCUGGGCAUCUGGAGGAAGCAGCAUUUUGGCAGAAUUUGGAACACUGCAUUUGGAGUUUAUGCAUCUAAGCUACUUGUCUGGUAAUCCAGUGUUUGCUGACAAGGUUAUGAACAUUCGCAAAGUUUUAAACCGGUUGGAUAAACCAGAAGGUCUUUACCCUAAUUACCUAAAUCCUAAUAGCGGCCAGUGGGGUCAACAUCAUGUCUCCAUUGGAGGACUUGGAGAUAGCUUUUAUGAAUAUUUGCUUAAGGCAUGGCUGAUGUCAGAUAAAACAGAUGAAGAAGGCAAGCAAAUGUAUUAUGAUGCAGUUCAGUCUAUAGAGACCCAUCUCAUCAGGAAAUCUAGCACUGGUUUGAUGUACAUUGCUGAGUGGAAGGGUGGCCUGCUUGAACACAAAAUGGGCCACCUCACUUGUUUUGCUGGUGGAAUGUUUGUUCUGGGUGCAGAUGGAGCACCAGCUGAUAAAACUGGACGUCACAUUGAACUUGGUGCUGAAAUUGCCCGCACAUGUCAUGAAUCGUAUGACCGUACAAGCAUGAAACUGGGACCAGAAGCCUUCCGGUUUGAUGGAGGAGUGGAGGCAAUUGCUACCAGACAGAAUGAAAAAUACUAUAUCUUGAGGCCUGAAGUUAUUGAAACCUACAUGUACAUGUGGCGAUUCACUCAUGACCCAAAGUAUCGACAGUGGGGCUGGGAAGCUGUAGAGGCAUUGGAAAAAUACUGCAGAGUAGAUGGAGGCUAUUCUGGUGUUAGGGAUGUUUACAGCAGCCGCCAAAGCCAUGAUGAUGUGCAGCAGAGUUUCUUCCUCUCAGAAACACUCAAGUACCUGUACUUAUUAUUCUCUGAAGAUGAUCUUCUUCCAUUUGAAAAUUGGGUUUUCAACACCGAGGCACACCCUCUCCCAGUUCUCACAAAGGAAGAAAAGGGUGAAAGCAAAAGCAAAUAAAAUAAUGCUAAAUUUUGUUUGGGCAUAUGAUGCAGUUAUUAAUAUUCCAGAGUUGUCACUUUUGAGUUUUGAACCAGUUUUUUUGCAGUCUGAUGUCUACCUAUAAAAAGUUUUUAUCAAGGGACCGAAAGUCACUAAUUACAAUUAAUCUUAUUUAUGUAUUUUAAAAAAUAUUAACCUGUCAUCUCUAUAUUUUGUUAGGCCACAGUGUAUGCUUGGCCAGAUAGAACAGUGAGGUUUUCUGUUUUCUGUUUGUUUUUGACUGCAAAAUUCUUCCCUCCUCUAUGAGGAGAUGUCUGCUUUAAGCCGUAAUACUUUGCUGUGUUGCAAAAAGCCAUAAAGAAUUAAGUAUGAAGAGCUUUUUCUUUUUUAAUCUAUGUUAAUGUGGUUUGUCUGAUCACUAGAGACAAAUCUAACUGUGACAGCCUCUUCUUAUGCGGGUCUAUCAUUAAUUGGUAAUUUGAAUACUUUAAAAAGUAUACUGUUCAUGAAAAACUAUACAAGAACAGUUUCAUCUCAUCUGUGCACACUCUAUUAUAUUAAGCUGUGGCUCAUCUUGAAAGACGAAGCCUGGAUUUUGAAACCCUUUUAUGAUAUACUUUUAAAAUAUAAGUGCAAAUCAAACCUAAUCACUGGUAAAUUUGCUUCUAAACUUUUCUGUUCCUAUGCUAGUUUCACAAGGAGCCACUAAAUCAAGAAUGUGGAAGCUAGCAUCUGGACAUAGCUUUUUAGACUGACCUCUUCUAGUAUGGGUUGCAUUUUCAGUAGAGAUUACAUUGAAAAGCAAAAACUGUAUUCCUAUAAGCCUGUAAUCUGUCAUGCAGUUGACUGAGUAUGUGGAAUCCAAUAUGUUUCAAGGCUUCUUUUAUUUAAAGAUGGAGGCAGGCUAGUUAAAUAUUAAGUCUUAUUAUUGCUUUUUUGUAACAUUCCAUUUGCUGUUCUCUGACACCCAGUCACUUAACAUGAGUUGCCAGCACCCAAGGCAAGAUAAGUAUUGUGCCACCCUUGAGGUCACCUUGGGAAGUGACAGGAGAGGGAGCUUGGUGCCAGUCAAGCCCCUUCACCCCACCGGACCCUCCAUGUGACCCACCAGGCCCGUCCACUCUGUUUAUGCAGGGGGGAGGUCAGGUUGCUCCAGGCUGUCCUUCACCCUCCAACCCACCCUUUCCGAGGAGGCAGGUCCACAUGGCCAUAAUCAAACUCUGCUGCCACCUGCUGAGGGGUGAAACAGAGCAACAAGGCAGCUGCAGCCAGAAGAGGGAAGGUGAGGCUCACUAUGUGCUCCACCUCACCCUAUGGCUCCAUGGCAGGGCUGAAUUUUUGCAAACCUAAGAAUUUAGUUCCCAAGGCAACUGCCUAUGUCCCCACCCAUGCUACGCCACUGAUCUCAAAGGUACCAUGUUUCAGAAAUCCACAUUUUAGUUUGAAUUCCCUUUUUGAGAGCUAGAAACUCUUUAAGUGCUUCAUGUACAGUAUAUAUGUAUAUGUUUCUAUUCUGUACCUUUGUUAGUAGAAGUAACAACUAAAGUAUGGGUUAAUAUUAUCCAUUUGUGUUAUGAAACAGAUUUUCUUUUCUUCACAGUUUUCUUUGGGAAUGCUUCUGUGGGCAGUAUGAUUUUAAUGAGUGAUAGUAGCCACAUCUACUUGGGGUAAUUUUGUAUGGCCAGUCACCAAGUUCUGUGCAGAAAGCAGAGUGAAAAUCAGAGAUGUUACCAUAGGGAAUUUUUUCUAGAAGUGUGGAAAAUUUAGGGAAGGGAACAUGAGAAAUAAUACAGAAAUAGUUAAAGCUGUAUCAGUUGUCCAGUUGCUUCUGAAAUCAGAUUUUGCCCAUACAGUCUUAAAUCUUCGAACUACAUAUAGCAUUAUACAGCAUGUAGUUAUAGUGGUGGCCAUUAAGGAGACUUCAGCACAUAAACGCUGUUAAUUUGUUACACUGUCAAAUAUGAAAACCAUAUGUUUUAGCCCAUGAAUAUGACUUACUAGACAGGUGGAUAAAGUGACUAAGAUAGAACCCAAAUGAUUACACACAAUCUGUGUCAAUUUAACCAGUUAUCAUGCAGUGAUUAAACUGCUCACACCCUGAGUUCAAUCCUGGGUUCAGGUAGCUGGCUCACAGUUGACUCAACCUUCCAUCUGUACAAGAUCAGUAAAUUGCAUGCCCAGCUCACUGGGGGUGAGGGCAAUGUGCUGCCUGCACAAUUAAAUUAUAAACUACCCAGAGAGUACUUUAAGUGCUAUGGGUUUGCAGCAUGCAUAAUUUGCUUUGUAGUAGUGGCAAAUAACAUUACACAGUGCUGUAAUACAGUUUAACAGGAUGCAUUAGCUAUGAUGCGGUGCCAUUAUAGCAUGAUGGUUUCACAGGAAAGUCUUGGGCUGUUGAUUUUGUGCUAGUACACAGUGCUGCAUACAGGAUUGGGCCACAGGAAUGUAAUAUGUGAUUGACAAUAUGAAUAGAGAGCACAAGCAAUAAUUCUCUCAUACCCUUUCCUUUCCCCCAUAAGAUUUUACUAUUUUCUUUUUUGUGCUUCUUCAUGCCAAAUCACAACACUUAUUCCUACAAACUAUCCAAAUUUUGAAAGCUGAAAGUUGAGGAAUCUUUUGUGGCAACUGAAGAACUGAGAACAAAUUAGGAGGGAGAAGUUGGCCUGCAUAUUUGUCUGAGAAAUGACUGUUCUUUGGGGCUUUGCUACGAAAUUCAUGCUGCCUAGAAUAUUUUGGUUGCAGUUGGGUAUGCAUAGGUAUGUGGCUCAUUUUAGCCAUCACAAGAACUAGUCUAAUAAAAGUUUAUACAUUUUUAAAUUUGA